CCAAAAUCUUAUCUCUAUAUAUAUAUGGUUUUCCAUAAGCUUCUCUAGCUGCUGCUGCAUCUUCACAUUUCAUAUAUACCAAAGUUGAAUCUAAAUCUGAGAAAAUGAAGAACAAUAAUUCUAAGAGAAGUGGUGUAAGAAAAUACCACAAAUCCGAACAGCCGCGCCUUCGAUGGACACCGGAACUUCAUCAAUACUUUGUUCAAACUGUUGAAAGUCUUGGUGGAAAAGAUAAGGCUAGUCCUAAACACAUUUUGAAUAUGAUGCAAGUGAAGGGGUUGAGAAUCUCCCAUAUUAAAAGUCAUCUCCAGAUGUACAGGAACGUGAAGGGACAAACUAUUCUUGCACCAACAUUGGAAGAAAAUGCAAAAUUCAAUCAUCUUCCAAUGUGCUCCAGUUGUUCACCCCAAAGAUCGAGGAAUAUCAAUCAAGAACUUCAACCUUUACACAACAAAAGACUUUCACAAGCAAGUGAAACUGAUCAUUAUUAUGAUCUAAAUCAGGAGCCUGAGUCAAGUGCAUGCUUUCUUAGUGACAUAUCAAAUGAAGAAAACGAUUGUAGAACUACCAAAUAUCUAAAUCUCCCAUUCCCUUUCAGUUCUCUGAUAAUUCCGAUGGUGCAUAGUGAUCAAGGCAUAACACAUUUUUCUUCACCAAAUGAGACAAAUAAUCAUGAUGUAGAUUCUAGUUCUAUAAAAUCUCAUGGGAGAGAUUAUAUAAACUUGGACCUAUCAAUUUGAAUAUAUAUAAAUAUAUAAGAUGUAGCCUUUUACAUGUAUUAAUACAUAUCAUUAUACUCUUAUUAGAUAAUGUUAUAUUAUAUUAAGGGUAGUUUAGUCUUUUUCAUGUUUAGUAUUAAUUCCUUUCUGUUUGUCUUGUAUUGUACGUUAAGACUUUGCAAUCUAUUGGAAAUCUAGCCUCUUUUGUUCUUU